GGGGAUUUUUAUUGAUUUAUUUUUGGAAGGAACAUAUUUGAUGGAUUUUUCUGCUGAUUUUUGAAGACCGUCUUAUUUUGGGUGGGAGAAUCGUCGCUUGUUCUUCUUCUUCUUCUUUCUGGAACGGAUUUGUAUUUAUGAGCGGAUCCGGCGAAGGUGCGCCCGCCUCGCGAGCGAUUGGCGGCCCGCGGGCAGGUGGGAAGUUUCCCGGGGCCCGCCUCGCGCGCAGCGCAGCGCACCUCGUCGCGCCGCGCGUGACGUCACGUCGCGUGCAAGGAAGGCCACGCAAGCCCUGCCUUUGAAGUGCGCCGCCCUUGGCUCGCGCCUCGCCGCUUCCCGCGCUCAUUUGCGAGGCGCGCCAGGUGGUGCAAAGAAGCAAAAGGAGGCAAAAGCGCACCGACGGCCGCCGCGACAAAAACCACCACGACAGAGAGAGAGAAAGAGAGAGAAAGAGCAGCAAGGACGCGACGGGGGAAGAAAGAAAGAAAGAAAGGAAGGAAGGAAGGAGAGACUUUAUCGCUGUCACAUUUUUCUUCUUCUUGUGGAUUCUUCUUCUUCUUCUUCUUCUUCUUGUUUGAGAUGCCCGCGCGCUCUUCGGUGGACUUUUCAAGCGCUCGCCUCUUUGGAUUUUGACCUCUCUUUUUUGUUUUUGUUUUUUUUUUUGUUUUUGUUUUUUUUGGUCUUGCACUUUUUCUCCUUUUGUUUUUGCCCCCCACCCGGCGAGACGUGUGGCAUGCCUGCAGCCAUCCCGCAUCUUCGCAACUGCAGGUGAACUCCAGAUAGCAACUUUUUUUUUUUUUUUUUUUUCCCCCCCCCCGGUUCUCUUUGGCCCUCUUCCCCGUCUCUCCCACCGCCGCCGCCGCCUCCGCCAACAUGUCCAAACCGGCCGACCACAUCAAGAGACCCAUGAACGCCUUCAUGGUCUGGUCCCGGGGCCAGCGGCGGAAGAUGGCCCAGGAGAACCCCAAAAUGCACAACUCCGAGAUCAGCAAGCGGCUGGGCGCCGAGUGGAAGCUGCUGUCCGAGGCCGAGAAGCGGCCGUACAUCGACGAGGCCAAGCGGCUGCGGGCCCAGCACAUGAAGGAGCACCCGGACUACAAGUACCGGCCCCGGCGCAAGCCCAAGAACCUGCUGAAGAAGGACCGCUACGUCUUCCCGCUGCCCUACCUGCACGGCGACUCGGAGCAGCUCAAGGGUUUGCCGCUGCCGUCCGACGCGCUGCUGGGGCCGGGCGACAAGACGACGGCGGCCGCGGCGGCGGCGGCGGCGGCGGCGCGCGCCUUCCUGCCGCCCGCCUCCACCUCCCCCUACUCGUCCUUCCUGGACGCGGCGGCGGCCGGCUUCGGACAGAAGGUGGCCGACGUGCCGCACGCCCUGGCGGCCGCCGCCGCCGCCGGGGUGCCCUACUCGUCGCUGGGCUACCAGGGCGGCGCCUUCGGGGCGCUGGGCUGCCCCGCGCAGCCGCACCCGCACCCGCACACGCACACCCACCCGUCGCCCACGAACCCGGGCUACGUGGUGCCGUGCAACUGCAGCGCCUGGUCGGCGUCCAGCUUGCAGCCGCCCGUGGCCUACAUCCUCUUCCCGGGAAUGAGCAAGUCGGGGAUGGACCCCUACUCGUCCGCGCACGCCGCCGCCAUGUAAGCGCAACGGACGCGCGCCCCGCAACAAACAAAAAAACAAACAAACUCGAAUCGAAAGCCACAACAACUCUGACUCCUUUCGACGUGCAUGUACAGAAAGGCACGCGGAGGAAAGCGGAAAGGACUUUUCCCAGUUCCCGCGUGCCGGGAUUGUAACAAAUGUAAAUGUUUAUACGCCAGAAGAAAAGGAAAAGCACCACAAAAAAAAAAAAAAAAACAGAAUAAGGAGGCCUUUAACUUUAUUUAUUGUGUACAUUCCAAUGAUGAUUUUUCUUGAUUAUUAUCGAUCAUCUAUUAUUAUUCCUACCCUCCCCUCGAUUGGCACUCAUUAGAUACGGGUUAUAUUGUUUACACACCCCCCCCCGCCCAAGAAAUGGCACUUGAAUAAAUUACGUCACACGCACACACAAAAAAAAAAAAGAAAGCCCAAUUGUUUAAUUUAGAUUUUACUUCCUUUGUGUUUUACAAAUUGAAUUUCAAUUCUGAGGUGUGGAUUUUCUAUCUUAAGAAACAAAAAAGACUCAUCGGGUCAAAUGUCACGUGUCAGAAGAAGGUUGAAAGCUUUUUGUUAACCGCAAAGAGAAGAUCAAGAAAAUAAAGACAAUCUGUCUCAUAUGACGCUUUUUUUUUUUUUUUUUUUUUACAAGCAAUUAUUCAACCUGCCAGUUCAUGAUUUCAAUUCAAAAUUCCCACUUUCAUCAAGCUCGAGACUCGCCGUGACCUGCAUUAGAUUUUUAUUUGUUUGUUUUGAAUUAUUUUCAACUUUGCUGAACAACCGGGAUGUUCGGGAGCGUGGAAAGGGGAGGCCUCCCCGGGAUCGAAGCCCGCCGGUCGGACUCGUUCGACGGCUUCGUGGCCUCGCGCGGAGCCGCCGAGCCCUGGAGAAAAAGCCACAAAAAAAAAAAAGCACUAAAGUUCAAAUCAGAACAUAAAAACAUCACCUUGCACUUACUUGUCUGCAAGUUUGACAACUCAGCAAAAACAAAAUAAGAAAAGAAAAACAAGCGGCACCUUAAAACGAAGUGAUCACGUGUUCCAACAUGCGCGCUGACUCAUUAAGGCAAAAUGCACGCACGCGCGGGCGCGCGCACGCACACACAGGAAUCCACUUCUUGCGCGCGCGCGCGCGCGAUGCCAUCUGGGAGCGAGCGAGUUCACGCGCAAGGCACGAGCGCGCGCCUUUUCUAAUUAAGAAUGUGAUUUUCGGCGUGCAAAUGGUGGACUUUA